AUUUUAUCAAGCUGCGUAAUUAAAACCUUUCUUCUGCUCACUUUUCUCUCACAUGUUUGUUUUCAAUUUCAAAACCAGAGACAUAUUGUCUGUAUUUUAAAUAUAGCUGUAUUCCUUGUUGUUUAAAACCAACUAAAUAGUACUUUCUCAUUCGGAAGAAGCAUUUUAAAAUUUAAAUUACUUCGGUAUUUAUCAUGCAAAAAAUUCGUGAAGAUUAUAAGAAAAUUGAAAAUAUUGGUGACGUACUGUUAAAUACAUCGAAUCCUCUGAAAAAAAGAUUCAGAGCUCUAUUUACUCUAAAAAAUAUUGGGGGUCCCUAUGCGAUAGAAUUUAUUUCAAAAGGAUUUUCCGAUUCAUCGGCUUUAUUAAAACAUGAAUGCGCAUAUUGUUUGGGUCAAAUGAAAGAUCCUCUAGCCAUUCCUAAGUUGAUCUCGGUUCUUGAAGAUCUUCAUCAAGAGCCAAUUGUAAGACAUGAAGCUGCGGAAGCUUUGGCGGCUAUUGGAGAUCAAAUCUGUCUUCCUAUUUUAAAUAAAUACAUACAUGAUUCUUCUAAAGAAGUGUCACAAACUUGCGAAAUCGCAGUGCAAAAGUUUUCUAACUCUAUCCCUUCAAACAAUGCACCACAAAAUCCAUAUAAAUCUGAAGAUCCUGCGCCCCCACUGCCAGCAAAUUCUUACAAAUCAAUCGAAGAUUUAGAAAAUAUUUUUCUUGAUAGCUCUGUACCACUCUACCAAAGGUAUCAAGCUUUGUUCACUCUGAGGAAUCUUGGCACUAAAGAAGCAGCUAUUGCUAUAGCAAAAGGACUAGAAUGUGGAUCUCCUCUGUUUCGUCAUGAAGUAGCAUUUGUUCUGGGUCAAAUGCAAAAUGCUGCAACUGUUGAACAGUUAACUAAAGUUCUUCAAAAUGUUGAAGAACAUGAAAUGGUAAGACAUGAGUGUGCUGAAGCACUUGGAGCUAUUGCCACAGAAAAAUGCAUGGAAGCCCUUAUUACUUACCUUGUAGAUGAUAAAAGAGUUGUACGAGAAAGCUGUGAAGUUGCUGUUGAUAUGUGUGAAUAUGAAAACAGUGUGGAAUUUCAGUAUGCUAAUGCACUGCUAGAGACAUGAAGAGGAAAAAAUUGUAAUAAGUUUACAUAGUAAUAAAUAUUAAGGUGAUGAUUUAAA